AUGGAAGUGUCUUUUACAACUGCAACAUGCUCUCUCAUAAUGGUGUCUCUGGUUAUGCUAUGGGCAUGGAAGCUGCUGAAUUGGCUGUGGCUGAGUCCAAAGAGAUUGGAGAGGCUGUUGAGAGCACAGGGCCUUCAAGGCAAUCCUUACAGGCUUUUGGUUGGGGACACUAUGGAGAUGUUUAAGAUGUUCAAGGAACGUAACAAAUGUCAACAAUCCAUGAGUUCUCUGUCAAAUGACAAGGAUAUAGCACCCCAUGUCUUCACUUUUAACCAUUACAUUGUCCAAAAAUUUGGCAAGAACUCAUUUUUAUGGGAAGGUCCCACACCAAAAGUGAUCAUCACAAACCCUGAGCAAAUCAAAGAAGUCUUUAACAGGAACAAUGACUUUGAGAAACCUAAGUUGAGCCCGCUUAUCAAGUUAUUGGGGACUGGACUUGCAAAUUAUGAGGGCGAGAAAUGGCAGAAACAUCGAAAGAUUAUCAACCCUGCUUUCCAUUCAGAAAAGUUGAAGAUCAUGGUACCAACAUUUUUACAAUGCUGCGACUAUAUGGUUAGCAAAUGGGAAGGGAUGCUGAAUUCAGAUGGAAAAUGUGAAAUUGAUGUAUGGCCUUUCCUUCAAAAUUUGACCUGUGAUGUUAUUUCUAGAACGGCAUUUGGAAGCAGUUAUGAAGAAGGAAAAAGAAUAUUCGAACUUCUAAAAGAGCAAGCUGAACUUGUAAUGAAACUACGCAACAUUUACAUUCCAGGGUGGCAGUUUCUACCAACGACUACACAAAGGAGGAUGAAAGCAAUUGAUAGAGAUAUACAAGCCUCACUGAAGGGUAUUAUCAACAAACGAGAGAAAGCAAUGAAGGCUGGCCAAGUACUGAACAAUGACUUAUUAGGCAUACUUUUGGAAUCGAAUUACAAGGAAAUACAAGAACAUGGAAACAAUAAGACUGUUGGAAUGACCAACCAGGAAGUAAUUGAGGAAUGCAAUGCAUUCUACAUAGCAGGGCAAGAAACAACGUCGGUUCUGUUGGUUUGGACAAUACUAUUGUUAAGUAGGCAUCCUGAUUGGCAAGCGCGUGCUAGGGACGAAGUCUUGCAAGUUUUUGGCAAACAAAAGCCAGACAACGAUGGGCUAAGUCGCCUUAAAAUUGUGACCAUGAUUUUAUACGAGGUUCUCAGGUUAUACCCGCCUCUAGUUUACUUCAACCGAGCUAUCCACAAGGAUGUGAAACUUGGAAACCUUUCCCUACCUGCAGGAGUGCAUGUUUCCUUACCAAUACUCAUGAUUCACCAUGAUCGUGAUAUCUGGGGUGAUGAUGCAACUGAGUUCAAACCAGAUAGAUUUUCUGAAGGAGUUGCAAAGGCAACGAAAGGCCAAGUCUCAUUUUUCCCAUUUGGAUGGGGUCCUAGAGCUUGCUUAGGGCAAAACUUUGCUAUAUUGGAAGCAAAGAUGAUUUUGUCAUUGCUUUUACAAAGUUUCUCAUUUGAGCUCUCACCGGCCUAUGCACAUGCUCCCAUUACUGUGCUCACACUUAAUCCAAAAUAUGGGGCUCAUGUCAUCUUACACAAACUGUAGUGUCAUCCAUUUGUGGAAUUUAUGCAAUUUUAUGUUUUCAUGUUUUGCAUUUACUAGGGAAAUGCCUCUUCUGAAUUAUAUGGAAUGCUACGAUGAAUUUCUAAAAAGAAAGACCCGUAGUUUGAAGUAACAUCUUC